AAAAAAAAAAGGGUCCCAAUAUCAGAACUGAGAAAAAUACGAACGUGCCUGAACCUGACACAAAACUCAAACAAAUAAAACAAAUUGCAACACAAACUACAUAUUAUUAAACUAAGCAAAGCCUAUCUCUCUGCCACUUUCUCCUUCCAAAUUUUGUUUGGCUUUGGAAAGAAAAAAUUUUGAGCCUUUUUGUUGUGUUUUUGAAACAUGGCAGAUAAAUGGAAACACACUGCUCUACUUGUUAUUGACAUGCAGAAAGAUUUUAUACAUGAGGAUGGUCAGAUGCUAGUGAAUGGAGGGAGAGCCAUAGUCCCUAAUGUAAUCAAGGCCGUUGAAGUUGCUAGGCAGCGUGGCAUUCUAGUUAUUUGGGUUGUUCGUGAGCAUGACCCACUAGGGAGAGAUGUUGAACUCUUCCGCCAACACUUGUAUAAUACUGGGAAAGUGGGUCCGACUGUUAAGGGAAGUGUGGGUGCAGAACUGGUUGAUGGUCUGGUGAUUAAAGAAGGGGAUUAUAAAUUGGUGAAGACUCGCUUUAGUGCUUUCUUUGCUACACACCUUCAUUCUUUACUUCAGGGAGCUGGGAUUAAUAAUUUAAUUAUCACUGGUGUUCAAACUCCAAAUUGCAUCAGGCAGACUGUCUUUGACGCUGUAGCAUUGGAUUAUCAAUCUGUUACUGUUAUUUUUGAUGCCACAGCUGCUGCUACACCUGACAUACAUGCUGCUUUCUAAUACAGUACCCCCAACUGACAUGGACUACAUCUAAUGAACCAGCCAACAUUUUUGACAUGAAAAAUAUCGGAGUUUUGACCCCAACAUUGCAGCAAUGGUGCGAGUCCGAUGCAUGAUCUAUCUGGCUAGAAAAUCAUAGAUCAAGUGCACUCUGCCUGAAAUUCCAUUUGUGAUUGUAUUUUGGACUUAUGUUUUUGUAUGGUGAUGCCUCUUUACUUACUGAAUUAUACCAUUUUGUAA